AUGGUCGCCGUGGUGUGCGUCAUAAUCGUCCUCGUUGUCUUCACCUUGUGUCUGGCCUCCGCGGCACUCGUCGUGGCGGCCUUGCAUAUACGGGCAAUGGUCGAGGCGGAAGUGCGCGAUGGCGUGAUCCGCGACAACCGGUGCGUCGCACCGCGCCUGGUGCACUGCUCGAGCAACCUGACCGCCCUAGUGAAAGACCACGGCUGGUUCUACAUGCCUGGUGCCGGUUACCCCGGAGGAUGCAUCGAGUGGCUGCCCGCUCACUUGUGUGCCGCUCACGAAGGCUUCCCCGCUGGUGGAGGAUACCGGUACAACUCCACCGAGGAGUGCAGCUCGCUCUGCGAACGAGGGAUGCCCCGGAAGGAGUGCACGCAGCCGCUCCCCCUGUCGGCCUUCUACAACUGCACGCACCCUGCGAACCAGGAGCCAGCAGCACUGGUGGUUCUACGAUCCCGUCAGCCACGCCUGCCGCGAAUGGGAGGACGUGUGCGUCUACAAGUCGUACGCCACCAUGGCCGACUGCGUGCACGACUGCUUGCCCGAACCGCCGCGCUCCUGACGGGACACGCUUAUGCAACCCAUGAAGAGCGUUGGAUGCGGGUCGCGAGCAUCGGGGGCGCCGUCGUCGCUAGCGUCACCCUGAUUGUCCUGGUCGCCACCGUGGCCUUUGUGUCCAUAGUCUCACCAAGCCCGCGUCGAGGCGCCAAGCCCAGCGGCAAAGUGGUGGCCAAGAUCGUGACAACAGAACUUGUCAGCGAAGCCGACACUCCCGGGGUUCAAGAAGACUACAGCGAGACGCUUGCCACCACAAGACGGUCUGCGCUGUACGCGACGGCGCGUCAUCGCCGUCGCUGCCGGGCGCCGCACCUCGUAGACUGCUCGGCGGCGGCUUCCCGCAACCUGACCGGUCUGGUGCGCCACCACGCCUGGUUCUUCAUGCCGGACGCGAACGUCGCCGGCGGCGGCAGCUGCCUCGAGUGGAUCCAGGGACACAUGUGCCACGACUACUCGCGAAGCCGCUUCCGCAGCUACAACGCCUGCCGCGAGGCGUGCGAACGCGGGAUUCCCCGUCUCAAGUGCACGCGGCCGCUGGACCUGCAGUCUGUGUACGACUGCGUACACUCAGACAAGGCUGACGCACCUAGGGCUCCGAGACCGAUGAACGCAACAAGACGCGCGGAGACUCCGAGCCACGAGGUACCUCCGACACGCGAGGAGGCAUCCAGUAACGCGGAGGAGGCUACGAGAUACAAAGAGGCUCCGAGAUCCGCGCAGUCUCCCAGCCGCAAGACGGCCACGAAAGCAGGGGUGACUCCGAAACACUCGAAGAAGCCCGACACCAACGCGACGGGCACGGUGUGGCAGUGGUGGUUUUACGACCCGCUGCUUCACGCGUGCCGGAACUGGAAGGACGUGUGCGUGUUCAAGGCGUACGCCACCAUGGCGGAGUGCGCGAAAGCGUGCGUUUUUUGAUGGACACACUUCAGUGCACACCCUUUUAGUGUGUCAGCCGGGUGAUUGCACCUAUGAUGU